GGAAGUAGGAGAGGGUUUCCUGAGAUGAAAGAUUACUUCCGUCCGGGCUCUGGCCUCUCUCUGGAGCCGGAACGUUGGGGGUUGGGAGCGGGAUACCCGGGGCUCGGGGCCGCGCCUUGCCACCUGCAGCGCCCAGGGCGGGCGGGACGGGCUUGGCCCGGUCAGGGGCUCACGCGGGGGGAUCCUUGCAGGUGAGAGUCGAGAGCACUUCCUAGUGCCCAAGCCAUGGUGGCCAAACAGCGGAUCCGGAUGGCUAACGAGAAGCACAGCAAAAACAUCACCCAGAGGGGGAACGUAGCCAAAACCCUGAGGCCGCAAGAAGAGAAAUAUCCUGUGGGACCAUGGCUGUUGGCACUGUUUGUUUUUGUUGUCUGUGGCUCAGCCUUAGGGGGCCAAAGAAGAUGGAAGCAUCAGCUGUUUUGCAAGUUUAUACAUUUUGCUAUCUUCCAGAUCAUUCAGAGCAUAAGGAUGGGCAUGUGAGGCGGCCCCCUCCCGCUGGAGGGUGGAGGACCACUUAAGCUUUUAGCCGGGUAUCUGUGGGAAGCAAACAAGCCACACAGAAUAGAAAAAAGCUCCCUCAGUUGUCCCCUGAUCACUUCAUCGUGGAUGUCAGACCAAAUUGCCUUCUCACAGGCCAUCUUGGUACAUCCGUGUUCUCAAGCGGAAAGGACAUUUUGCUUUGCUGUUGGCAGGGUUGGGAGCUCCCGGGGUGUCUGCAGCCUCGUGCUCCGUUUGCUUUUUCCCUUGGUUUCACUCAUGUUUGCAUGUGACCCUCUGAGCGAGCGCGGCUUUCCGUCCUAUGGAGACAGUCUCUCCUCCAUGGGGAAUUGGUUUUACAAAUAAAUGUCUUUCUUCA